AAAAAAUAUAAUAGAUAUUCAAAAAUCAAAACCUAUAAUCUUAUCUUUUAAAUUUGUGGUGAUUAUUUUUUUAUUUUGCCAAAAUUUACAAAUCUAAUAAUAAUUUCAAUUUUGAUAAAAUUAUUGAAAUUCCAACCAAAUUAUAUAUUUAAAAAAAAGAAAGUUGAUUUUGAAAAAUAUAAUAGAUAUUCAAUUAUUUAUAAAUAACAUGGAAUUAAUUUAACUUUAUUAUUACUUUUAAAGAUAUUAAAGAGAUUAUACUUUGGGAAAAAAAAAUUAAAAAUUUCAUCAAUUUUUUGGAACACAAAAUUUUAAAAAUUAUAAAAUUUUUUUUAAAAACUAAUUUAAUUUUUUAUUUUUGUUGAUAAUAAAAAAGUUUUUAAGAAUGGCAGAGUAUUUUGGUUCAUGUCAUUGCAAAAAGAUCAAAUAUAGAUUUAAAAUUGAGGAUAUUAUUGAUAAUACUACAACGGUAAUUUGUAAUUGUUCUUACUGUUGGCAAGCUAGAUUUUGGGAAGUAAGAGUAUUUGAUUUAGAUAGUUUCGAAAUUAUUGAAGGAAAAGAGUCUUUGAAACUUUAUCAGUUUGGAAAUAAAGAAACUCAUCACUAUUUUUGUGGAGAUUGUGGUAUUCAUACUCAUGGAUUAAGUGAGAUAAAUAAAUUGGGUAAACCAUUCUAUUUUAUUAAUAUACCAACUGUAGAAAACCUAACAAAUAAACAAUUAUCUUUAUUGAAAAGAAAAUAUAUUGAUGGUCAAAAUGAAUUAUGGGAAGAGAAACCAGAAUAUACAAAUUACUUAUAA